AUGUCUUUUCCAUCUAAAACAUUAAACAAAUUUGUGAGGGCUCUUUUUGCAUCAUUGUAUCUAGUGUGGGUAAUACUUACCAUUCCACUUGCCUUUGAUGUUGGUGGUGUCAAUUGCGGACUAGCAUUUUCAUUGACUCUACUUGUUACCUACUUCAUUCUUACAACAAUACAACUACUAGCACGAAGAACCAGAUAUUUCAAAUGGAUCUCACUUGUAUACUAUGGUCAACAUUUCCUUAUUCCCAGUUUAUUGACUUAUUUCCUUAGCUAUUAUAGUAAUGACCCCAAGAUCGAAUCCAAGUUAAACCCAGUCCUUAUUUGGAAGUUUCUUUUAAUCAACGCCACACCCAUUAUCACCAUCUUGGAAGGGUUUUGUUCUUUAUUGUUGAUUCAAGCAAUAGGUCAAACAGUCAAUUGGUUGACGAUGUACAAGUCAGACUCGUGGUUAAUUAUAUCGUUAAUCGGAAGUGCCGUGGUUGACACUGGUGCCUUUUAUUGCUUGUACAGAAUCUAUGUUUUACCCAUCACCAUUGACAUACUAGAGUCAUCACACUUGGGCUCAUUGUUGACAUUGACAUUUGGAUUAUGCUUAUAUGGGAUUGUUAGUGGUAAAGGGUCAAUGAUUGAGUCAUCAUUGUUAUUUGCAUACAUUGUGCGAUGCAUAUAUGAGACGUUUCCUUCAUUAGCCGAAGGUGCAUCGCAAGCUUUGGCAAAUUUGUUAACCCUGGCAUCGCAAAAUGUUCGAAAUGAAAUUCCAAAGAUUCCUCCAUCAAUCAUGAAUCCUAUAUCAGAACUUGUCCCCUUUUUAACAAAAACAUUUCCACUGUCAUUAAAGGGUGUUUGGGAAUAUUUGGUUGAAGCUUUACAAAAAUUGCCCUUGUCGUUGCUACUCAAUCUUGCGUACCGAAUUGGUGUAUUUUAUGCUGCAACCAAGAUUAUCCCAUCUUUAUACAAAUCUGUAUCAUAUCCAUCAACAACUUCACUACAACAAAGAUCACGCCAGCCUUCAAGCACACGGUUAUCAUCCUUGGAAUCAAGUGAGAGAGUGCCUUUAAAGUCAAGAAAAUCGUUUCAUCUCAAACCUCCACAUCACCAACCACCUUCAGCAUUUAUACGGCUAAUUUAUGCCUAUUCUCCAUGCUUGGUCAUUGCGGUUUACACCCAUUUAAUGUUGUCAUAUAUUGGAGAGUUGGGUGUUGAGUUGCAAGUGUGGCCAAUAUAUGGAAACGCCGGUACAAAAAUAGUUGUGCAUCCAUGGAAAUUUUGGAAUUGGGUCAAUAUGGCUACUACAUUGAUCCUUUACGUUGCUGAAUUACUGAACAAUGAGAGCUCAUCUGGUGGUGGCAAUAGUUUAACGAGCCAUUGGAAAGUAGAAUAG